UAUUCAUCCGAAAGUACUGGUUGAAUGAUUUAUGUGGUAUCUGUACAAAUUCACACGGCACCACAGUUCUAGGAAUAUCUUUCUAACUCUACGAUGUCAGUCCAGUGUGUAUAUGCGCGGGAUUACAUGAGGCUGGUACGGGAACUACGCUCUCUGGGCAUAGUAUCUGCGGGAGAGCUAAAACAUUGACAGUGGCACUUUCUUCGCAAGUCUUGCGGCGUGGUGUGUCGAAAGGGUAUUUCCCAUUAGCAGUGUGUGAUACGGGAAAUAUUUUUGAGGUGCGAGCCAACAUAUUUACUGUAUCCUCUCAUGGAAUACGAUUUAGAAAAUAUGAAUAUUCUCAGUGACCAGAAAAACAGCGAUUAUGGCAGCCUUCAAAGAAAAGAAAAUUCAAAAGAGACCAAUUUAACUACACCUUCUCCAGUAAAGGUCAUAUACUGUCUGCACGGAAAUCCAAGUGCUUCAUGCUUCAUCACCGAGUGCAUGCUAGGCAGCAGCAACGAAAAUUACCAAAUUAAAGAAACUGAAACUGACCACUGUCACAGCGAGAAGAACGACGGCAUUGACAAACGAGCGCAACGUAAAUUGGUCGUCGCAAGUAUACUGUGCGUGUGCUUUAUGAUAUCCGAAGUCAUAGGCGGAUACUUGUCGUCCAGUCUGGCCAUAGCCACGGACGCAGCCCACCUGCUCACGGACUUCGCCAGCUUCAUGAUCUCGUUGUUCUCCCUGUGGCUGUCGACGCGUCCUCCGACGCGCAAGAUGAGCUUCGGCUGGUACCGCGCCGAAGUCAUGGGCGCGCUCAUAUCCGUGCUCAUGAUCUGGAUCGUCACCGGCAUUCUGCUGUACGCAGCUGUCCUCAGAAUCAUCUACAAGGACUUCGAAAUCGACGCCAUGAUCAUGCUUAUCACUUCUGUCGUAGGAGUCACCGUAAAUGUCGUGAUGGGCUGCACUCUGCACUCCCACGGGCACUCCCAUGGUGAGUCCCAUGGCGAGUCCCAUGGCGAGUCCCAUGGCGAGUCCCAUGGCGAGUCCCAUGGCCACGCCCACGCGGACGAGCGGGAAAACAUCAACGUCCGGGCAGCCUUCAUUCAUGUCGUAGGAGACUUCGUUCAGAGUUUCGGCGUGUUUAUUGCCGCCCUCACCAUUUACUUCAAGCCUGAGUGGUCCAUAGUCGAUCCAAUAUCAACAUUCGUGUUUGCUGUCAUCGUACUUAUAACCACAUUUUCUUUGAUUCGUGAUACUGUCCUCGUCCUCAUGGAAGGAAGACCAAGCAACAUAGACUUUUUGGAUGUACUGAAUACUUUCUUGGAGAUCGAGCCUGUGGUGAAAGUUCACAACUUGCGAAUCUGGGCCCUGAGUAUGGACAAAACUGCCUUAUCUGCUCACCUGGCGAUACGCCCUGGAGCAGUCCCGCAAGCAGUUCUCUCACAAGCUUCGCAAAGAAUUCAAGCAAAAUACAAGUUCUUCGAGAUUACUCUUCAGAUCGAAGCAUUUGACCGGAAAAUGGAAGAGUGCUUGCAGUGCCAGUGCCCUGACAAAUAAAACAUUACAUUUUAUGUGCAACAUAAGAAAUGUUUUAAAAUAUGGUACACAAAAAUUAAUACUUGUUUCUUCAAGUAGGGUAUAGUUUUUAUUUACCCGUGUAUCUGAAUUAAUAUAACAAAAACUGCACUUGUGAUUUUUAGUGUAGGAUGCAAAAUUAUAAAUAAUUUACUUUCUUUGCUAUGUUUUGUAUUAUCAAGCAGUACUCAAUUUUUAUUUUUAUUUUUAGAAUUGCAUUUAUAAAUAAAUAAAUGAAGAAAAGAAUUUACAUCACAAAAA